AUGGAGGACCCGUAUCAGAUCUCCCUGCAGGAUAGCACACUCUCCGUCGUCAAUGCCUCGCUUUCGGGGCCAGCUGGCUUGACUCCCUGCCAAGGCCUGGAGCUCCAGCUCGGCAGCCUCACAUUUGGGAUCCCUUCCAUGAGAAGUCUGUACCGUGACGAUGCAUCUCAUUUGGCAAAGCUGAAUCCAUUCUUGAUGCAGGCCAUCCUGGCGGUGACUCUGAUGCAUGACAGGCUUCUCGCCUCUUCACCGCCACCAAAGGCCUCAGCCAAGGAGCUGUUCCAUCUGGGCAAGGCAGUCGGGCUUUUCAGCAGCACGCUGCGCCAGCCUUGCGCUCUGUUGGACAAGGCGGCUCUCUGGGUUACUGCUGUGCUUCUGGGAUCUGCCACCAUUGCCGACGCAGACGCAGUAUCGCCGGAGGAUGCCUGGCCGUUGAGGUCGCCAUCGGAAGACGACCUUGCGUGGCUGAGGAUGAGCGAUGGCAAGCGCGAGGUCUGGAGGAUCGCCAGGCCCGAGGCCGCCGGCCACAUGUUCCAGGACAUCUUCACCGAAAAGAGCCAUGCAGCCCAACAUCGCGACACCUUUGACCGUCUCCCACCGGCACUGGUCUCCCUGCUGGACCUCCACACAGAGUGCGACGCCUGGGAAAACCCGUACCGACACGCCGCGCUCACGCUGAACGCCCUGAUGGGCCUCGAGUGCAGCCAGGCCACCAUCACAAAGUUCCUGGCGUUUAUCAGCCAGAUGAGGCCCGACUUUCGGCAGCUGCUCGAGUGGAAAGAUCCCCGCGCGCUGCUGAUAUUUGCGACCUGGUACUCGAAGCUGUGCCACUACCAGCAGUGGCACAUCUGGCGGCGGGCAGUCCUAGAGACGCAAGCAAUAUGCCUGUAUCUCGAGAGGUACCAUGGCGAUCUGCCCCACCUACAGGAGCUCCUGAGCUUCCCCCGGCAGGCAUCCGGGAUGGGGACGGUCGAGAGCGUGUAG